GCAUGUAACAAAUGCGUAGCUCUGUGAGACGUCGAAACUGGGCUUACCUCAAUAGUUUCUCACAAACCAAACAUCAAUACUCAUCUUUUUCUACUUCAAUAAUUCAAAACCCUUAUGCCAUACCAAACAAGAAACUGUUUCCAGCUAAUUUUCCUUCCUCUUUUCCGGGGAAAGCCUACUUGGUUUUCACCGGUAAAAUGGCGACAACCGCCAUAACAGGGCGUGUUGUCGUGAAAUCUAUAACGUCAGAUGAGCGCGAACUUUGCGAUGUCAUUGCGUCGAAUAGAUUGAUCACGGAAUACACUCGAGCUGGUGAUUUAGAUUCGGCGCUUAGUGUUUUCCAUAGCAUGACAAUUAAGACCACAGUUACUUGGAACUCUGUCUUGGCUGGGUAUGUGAAAACGCCAGGCAAAAUUAAAGAUGCCCGUGAACUGUUUGAUAAAAUUCCCGAACCAGAUACUAUAUCAUACAAUACCAUGUUGGCUUGUUAUUUACACAAUUCUGGUUUGGAGACGGCGCGGGUUUUCUUUGAUCAAAUGCCCAUUAAGGACACAGCAUCUUGGAAUACCAUGAUAUCGGGAUUUUCGCAAAAUGGAAUGAUGGACGAAGCUCGGAAUUUGUUCCUGGCAAUGCCGGAGAAGAAUAGUGUGUCAUGGAAUGCCAUGAUAUCUGGGUAUGUGGAGUCAGGGGAUUUGGACAUGGCUGUGGAGUUGUUUCGGGGAGCUCCGGUUAAGAGUGUGGUUGCAUGGACAGCAAUGAUCACCGGUUUUAUGAAGUUUAGAAAGAUUGAAUUGGCAGAGAGAUUGUUUAAAGAGAUGCCAGUGAAAAAUUUAGUGACGUGGAACUCCAUGAUUGCAGGUUAUGUUGAGAAUUGUCGAGCAGAAUACGGGCUGAAGCUUUUUAGGAGGAUGGUGGAAGCUGGCGUUAAGCCAAAUCCAUCAAGCUUGAGUAGUGUUCUAUUGGGUUGUAGUAAUUUGUCUGCAUUGGCAUUGGGGAGGCAAGUUCAUCAGCUCAUUUAUAAAUCUCCAUUGUACUCUAGCACAACUGUUGGGACCUCAUUGCUCAGCAUGUAUUGCAAGUGUGGAGAUUUAGAGGACGCAUGGAAACUGUUUAUUGAGAUGCCACAAAAAGAUGUUGUUACUUGGAAUGCGAUGAUUUCUGGAUAUGCACAACAUGGAGUGGCUGAAAAGGCUCUUUGUUUAUUUAAUGAGAUGAGCAAUGGGGGAAUAAAACCAGAUUGGAUUACCUUUGUUGCUGUUUUAUUGGCUUGCAACCAUGCGGGAUUAGUAGAUACUGGGGUUCAAUAUUUUGAGUCAAUGGUAAGGGACUACAGGAUUGAGGCAGAGCCAGAUCAUUAUACUUGCAUGGUUGACCUUUUUGGUCGAGCUGGUAUGCUAGUUGAAGCUGUAGACUUGAUAAAGAAAAUGCCCUUCAGACCACAUCCUGCCAUAUUUGGAACUCUUUUGGGUGCUUGUAGGAUCCACAAAAACUUAGAGCUGGCUGAGUUUGCUGCAAAAAACUUGCUUGAUCUUGAUCCUGCAAGUGCAGCUGGUUAUGUUCAGCUUGCUAAUGUUUAUGCAGCAAUGAACAGAUGGGGCCAUGUUGCUAGGGUUCGUAGAUCAAUGAAGGACCAUAGAGUAGUCAAAACACCUGGGUAUAGUUGGAUUGAGGUCAAAGCUGUGGUUCAUGAAUUCAGGUCAGGAGAUAGGAUUCACCCAGAAUUGGCUUCUAUACACGAAAAACUAUAUGAUUUGGAGAAGAAAAUGAAGUGGGCUGGCUAUGUGCCAGAUCUUGAAUUUGCAUUACAUGAUGUUGGGGAGGAGCAGAAAGAGCAACUACUAUUAUGGCAUAGUGAGAAACUGGCAAUAGCUUUUGGACUGAUCAGAGUGCCACUGGGAACUCCAAUCCGGGUAUUCAAGAACUUGAGAGUAUGUGGAGAUUGCCACUGUGCCACAAAAUACAUAUCAGCAAUAGAAGGGAGGGAAAUCAUCGUUAGAGAUACCACUAGAUUUCAUCAUUUCAGGGAUGGGAUUUGCUCUUGUGGUGAUUACUGGUAACCUUGUGAUACAAAGUUUCUUUUGAAAAUUUAAUUCAUCUGCAAAGAAAUGGAAGGGUUUUAAGUUAUAAGAGAGAAGCUUUCAGUUCAUUUGGAAUGCUGGAAAGUUGAUAGUCCAUUGUAGCUUGUUUUAUGCUUGGAAAUCUGGGUGUGAAAUUUUAUUAAUGGGUCAUUGGUACUAAAACCCAGCUAAUCCUUUUGUGAAUAAAUUAAUUCCGUCAUUAACCAUUUUUGGUAGGAUGAGCAAUGAAAAGAGAGUCUGAUUCAACAGGCAAGUUAUAGCACCUGACUAAACUGAAGGUGUGCAGGGAAGGGAAUUUAUUUGAGGAAGUUCUCCAAAGCAAUGUUGGAGAUGCCAACUUAACUGAAAGUGCUUCUGAGUUGGAUCUUGUUUGGUUUUCAUUUUUUGAAUGAAAGCUAGAAGAUUCAUCUCCCUUUGUGGGCUUGGAGAAAUUUGUUUUGAAGUAAUGUUUCCAUAGCGAAAAAAGCUAGAGAUGGAACACCCCACGAUGGCAAUUUGACAAGUUCCAUGCCAUAUGUUAGAACUCAAAUCAGCCAGUUGUGAAUUUGUCAUCAGGCAAUCUAAUUGUUGCAAGAUGAUGAUCGAGCACUCAAACUGUAAGUGGAGGUAACGAAAAAAAAUCCCUUAUUAUUUGAGGAUGGAGGUCCAUUUGCUGCCUAUAGCUUGCACUUUGAUGCAUCUGGCAGUUCUCUUGUAAGUUCUGCUCCAAGGCUAUGCAUUAUUGGGUUAUUCAACAAUGGAACUCAAUACAAUUGGAUACCAUAAACUCUCACCAAACUUCCCCUCGAGUUCCUGACUCAUGGCCACAAGCAUUAGUUGUACAUUACUAUUCUUCAUAUGCUUGAGGAAAUACAUCAGCAGAGCACUGACCUUAGUCAUGCUUGUGGGCAGUGUCAUCUGAUUCUCUGGGAAGGUCACCUAAUGAAAUCCUUCUGUUAAUGUUCUCUAUGGUUCCAUCUGAUUUGAUGCAAGGCAAGAAUUGUUUGUCAUAAGUUGAAGAUUAUCAUCGAAUUCAGUUUGAUUUGGAUGGGACAACAGCCUUCUAUCGUUAUUGUUCGAAUAAAAAAAUUUUACUUUAAA